GAAACCCAAGAUUUGAAACCAUCAGCCAGAAGAAAUAAAGCAUCAUCACAUACUUAUGUAAUAUCAGUCGACCAUUAUUUUACUUUACGAACACUAUCACCUCUGGUGCUGCACCGUGCUAUCACCGAUCAACUGACAUGCAGCUCAUCAAUACUUUCUUGACAUUCAUCCCUUACGCUUUCGCACAAAAUCUUCGCCUGCCCAUAAUUAAAACUGCUCCCGCGGGAGCGACUAUUUGUCCUAAGUACUCCCGCCAACACAGGGGCGAAACUGGUACAUGUUAUCCGACGAGAUUCUUAGGUAUCAAUGGCAACGAGACGUCAUAUACGCGUAUCAAGUUUGAUUUCCCCCCACCCCCGGGGAUUCUCUGCGCAGUGUUCGCCUGGUUUGAAAAUAAUUGCACCAGAGCAACCAACCUCACCAUCACAGAGACCACAUGCGCGGAUGUGAGCCAAAUCAGGUCCUACAGCGUGGAAUGUCCCGAACCUUUGUUGGCAUAAAGUUGCGCAGAAGAAACGAGUAGCUCGAAGUGUCCUUCACAGCCAGGAUACUAUUAGCUCGGUACCGCAGGGGGAGGGGGAAUCCUUUGCGAGUGCCUCUUCCUAUUAUGCUCCAG